CCGUGCGGCUUCCGGUCGGCAAGAUGGUGGCGCGCAGGAGGAAGCGUGCGGCGCGGGACGCCGAAGAGGCGGUUCCGAGCCCGCCCGGCUACUCAGCCGUUCCGAUCAAGUUCUCUGAAAAGCAGCAGGCUUCCCAUUACCUGUAUAUGAGAGAGCACAGAGUCCGAGAGGGCACCAAGUCUUCCUGGCCUCAGAAGAGGACCCUUUUUGUCCUCAACGUGCCCCCAUACUGCACAGAGGAGUCGCUGUCCCGCCUCUUCUCUCCCUGUGGCUCCGUCCAGUCAGUGGAAUUACAGGGGAAGCCCGAGCUCACUGAGAUCCCAAAGGAGCCAAAGUCGAAGUUUUUUCACCCCAAGCCCGUUCCAGGCUUCCAGGUGGCCUACGUGGUGUUCCAGAAGCCAAGUGGGGUGCCAGCUGCCUUAGCCCUGAAGGGCCCUUUGCUGGUCUCGACAGAGAGUCACCCCGUGAAGAGCGGCAUUCACAAGUGGAUCAGUGACUAUAUAGACUCCGUGCCGGACCCAGAGGCCCUGAGGGUUGAAGUGGACACGUUCAUGGAGGCAUAUGACAAGAAGAUAGCCGAGGAGGAAGCUAAGGCCAAGGAGGAGGAAGGAGUCCCUGACGAUGAGGGCUGGGUGAAGGUGACCCGCCGUGGCCGGCGGCCUGUACUCCCCCGGACAGAGGCAGCCAGCCUGCGGGUGCUAGAGAGGGAGAAGCGGAAGCGCGCCCGCAAGGAGCUGCUCAAUUUCUACGCCUGGCAGCACCGCGAGACCAAGAUGGAGCAUCUCGCACAACUGCGCAAGAAGUUCGAGGAGGACAAGCAGAGGAUUGAACUGAUGCGAGCCCAACGCAGAUUUCGUCCCUACUGAGCUGGCACAGGUGGGUAGUGGGUGGCCAGCGAGGACAGGAAGGCCUGGAUGCUCACUGGACUGCCCAGGCUAAGCGGCUGCCACAUCAAACAGCACCAAAAAUCUGAGCCCACACACAGCAGGGUGAAGGACAGUGUCACCCCUCAGUCCUUGUGCUUCAACUGUCCUGAGCCCAGUGCCGGUGAGGCCGGCCUGGCAUGAGGACUUGGCCUCAGGAAGCCACUGGCCCAGGAAGUGGUUCCUUCCCACUCCUGCUCUCUUCCCAGCCUGUCUCUGGAUCCCCUCUAAAAGCUAAGUGUCUGCUCUAGUCCUCCCUUACCUUCAGGGGGCAAGCGCCCACUGCAGUGAAGCCUCAGAAGCAAUGAGAGAAAAUACAAGAACAGUUUACUCUUCACUCAGGCAGACGGCAGGAAGAGGCUGCAGAAGCUGCUGGGCUGCAGGCCAGGCAGGCCUGUCCCAGCCCCUCCUUCCUGCAGCCCCACCAGCUCACUGCAGAUGAUCCACAAAACAGACUACCCCGAAUUCAGACAUGGUUUCCCCCUGUGAAGACACAAAUUUUGGAAACAAACCUCACCCCACACCUCCACUUCCAGCUCGUGCUGGUCAAGACCAGGGAGGCCUGUUUCCAUGGCAGCUGGCCUGGCUGGGGGCCGCGGGAGCUGGGUGUCCGGGUGGUGAGCUGAGAGCACAAAGUCUCAGUAGCCCCAGGCCCAGGGCUACAGCUAGGCUGGGAUCCUGUCCCUGCGCUGUAAGAAGGAGCUCAUGACACCGGCCACAAGAUCUGGUUGGUUCACGUGGAUAUAGUGAUUGUUGGGGACUUCCACAAACGAACCGCUGGAGAGGAAGGGGACAGGCAGUGGAGUGUGGCCCAGAGGGGGGGCUCCAAGGGCGCCUGUGCUGAGGCUUUCCAGUGGUCUGCCUCCCUGUGGUUCAGAAGUGUCCCCCACGGUGAGCUGCAGGACCGGGACUGACCCAGAGCUCUCAGGCCCAUCUAUGCAUAGCACCCCUUGGUGAUUCAGUGCUCGCUCCAAGUCAUGAGAAAGACCUCACUGGGAUGGGAGUGUCCGAACCCUGGGGUCCUGGGCCAUUCUGAGUUGUGAACUUGCGGAGCGACGCUGAAGAACAGCAAGUGGUCAGGGUGCUGCUGGUUCUACAGGUGUCCCCCAAAAAUGUAUACAUGCUAAUGGCUGGUGGCUCAGUU